UACUCCAGCCUGGACUAAUUGUCCUACUGAAAUACUCCAGCCUGGACUAAUUGUCCUACUGAAAUACUCCAGCCUGGACUAAUUGUCCUACUGAUCUACUCAAGUCUGGACUAAUUGUCCUACUGAUCUACUCAAGCCUGGACUAAUUGUCCUACUGAAAUACUCCAGCCUGGACUGAUUGUUCUUCUGACCUACUAAAGCAUGGACUAACUGUCGUGUUGACCUACUAAAGCAUGGACUAAUUCUCCAACUGAACUACUAAAACUUGGACUAAUUGUCCUACUGACCUAAUAAAGCCUGGAACAUUUCUCCGACUUACCUUCUACACCUGGAACCAUUGUCCAACUGAACUCUAUUCACCUUGAUCAACUCUCCCCCGAGUGAACUGCACCAUCACUGCACCAGUGAGACACUAUAAUUCAAGAUGACCAACGACGACGUCGUGUCCCUUCUGUUUGCCCUAAUGACCUUCCUCUCCAGUGGAUUCCUGCUCGUGACGAGUGUCGGCAAGUGCGUGUCCUCCUUGCAGCCCGACAGAUUCAUCGUCCUGUCUUUAGCCUUGUCCGAGACGUUGCUGGCCCCGUUCUGUUUGACAAUCAUCGUCAAGACCUUGGACAUGCCUCCUUACCAGCAGGAUGAUCCAAUAAGCAUGCUGUUGGCGAAUUACGUCAUCUAUUUUGAAAACACCAUUUAUUGCAUCGGCCUGAUUGAGUUGGCUGUAGAAUUUGCGCUUCGGAAUAAACUUAAGUUCCUGCUCAGAAGCAAAACUAUUCGAUGGAUUGUCUCCCUUGUAGCAGGCAGCUUCCCUUGGAUUGUUGUAAGCUUGAUGGCAAUUAUGUCUCCGAGAGGUGUUGACCCAGAUACCUGGCAACACGGCCAGAGCGUUACAGUCAGACGCUUUCGAAUUGUUAUGUUCAACCUUGUACCUGCAGCAUUUUCUAUUUUAGCGUGUACGUUAGUUCAAUUGAUCCGCCCAGACACUCACGGUCUUAAGGAGCAGCCGACAGACGAAUCAAUCCAGAUACAAGUCAUAGCGAAUGCCCCAGACAAGGACCUUGUAUCCGAUUUUCCAAUUGCAACACUACCGCCACCUGUCACAAACUUCGAACUGGCCAUUAGCCAGGGAGUGCAGCCCACCAACGAUCCGGCCGUCAUGAACUUGAGGGCAUUCACUGCGUACGCGGAUGAGAAAACGAAAGACACGCCAAGUAACCGUCAACAAGUCACUCAAACCAUCCGUCAACAAGACCCGCGACCCAACCGUCAACAAGACACUGAGUUCAAAAAUCAACAAGACACUGAGUUCAACCGUCAACAAGACCUGCAACCCAACCGUCAACAAGACACUGCUGAGUUCAACCGUCAACAAGACCUGCAAUCCAACCGUCAACAAGACCCGCAACCCAACCGUCAACAAGACACUGAGUUCAUCCAUGAACAAGACACUGAGUUCAACUGUCAACAAGACACUGAGCUCAACCAUCAACAAGAUACUCAACCCAACCGUCAACAAGACCCGCAACCCAACCGCCAACAAGGUCAACAAGGCACUAAGUUCAACCGUAAACAAGACACCCAAGCCAACCGUAAACAAGACACCCAAUCCAACCGUAAACAAGACACUCAAGCCAACCGUAAACAAAACACUCAAGCCAACCGUAAACAAGACACUCAAGCCAACCGUAAACAAGACACCCCAGCCAACCGUAAACAAGACACCCAAGCCAACCGUAAACAAGACACUCAAGUCAACCGUAAACAAAACACUCAAGUCAACCGUAAACAAGACACUCAAGCCAACCGUAAACAAAACACUCAAGUCAACCGUAAACAAGACACUCAAGUCAACCGUAAACAAGACACUCAAGCCAACCGUAAACAAAACACUCAAGUCAACCGUAAACAAGACACUCAAGCCAACCGUAAACAAUGUGAACUAAUUAGCGUGUGUGCUCUAGCCGAGAAGAUGAGCGUUAAAAUGAAUCAAAAUGACAAACAACGUCUUGUAGACACCUCUGUACAAAAUGUUCAAAAUGUUCCUACAGCGUUGACAGAAAAAACCCAGAAAUCAGUUCUAAUGUACAGCGCCAUCGUCCCGUGUAUGCACACGCUGCGUUGCGUUUGCUGGCUGAUCUUAGAUGAACAGAGUGCCAGCGUAGAUUUUGAGGCUACUCCGUCUGACGGGCUCGGCAUUUUCGCUAUCAAGGGUGUCCUUUUCUCUGUUAUAGCCAUAAAAGCCUUGAUGAUGACACCCUUUGUCAUGUCUUUCUGGUAUCUCUGAGUUAUCGGAAGUCACGUGUCACUGGAUCCGUGUGUACGGUCUCGCGAUCAUGUGACUACUGCUGGUUGUUUUGGGGUUUUUUAAACCAUAUAAAUUGAAAUAAGUAUGCAGUGUGAAUUUAUAUAUAUUUUAAACCAUAUAAAUUGAAAUAAGUAUGCAGUGUGAAUUUAUAUAUAUUUUAAACAUAUAAAUUGAAAUAAGUAUGCA